UAUUAUACAACUCUUUAUGGUGCGGUGCAUAGGGUUUGUCACUCAGAGGCUCUUCUCUCUCUCUGUAGAAAUAUUUCGCAGGAAAUAAUACUAAUCUGGGUCCCUUUCUUCUCAUUAUUUUUGGAUUGGGUCUUUGCAAUGGAUUUGGAAACUCAGAAGAAGAUUGAGGAGACGGUUGCAGAGGUGUUGAGAGAUGCAGACAUGGCUGAGAUAACAGAGUUCAAGGUGAGGAAACUUGCAGGGGAGAAGCUUGGCAUGGACCUUUCUGGGAACCCUUACAAGAAAGUUGUGAAGAAUGUGGUUCUCUCCUUUAUUGCUUCCAAGAGAGAGGCACAACAAGAAGAAGACGAGAGAGACAGUAAGACCGAAAGUUGCGCGUCUAAUAGAGAGUUUGAUGCUAAUGGGGACCCCAUUAUUUGCAGGCUCUCAAAUAAGAGAAAGGUCACUAUUCAGGAUUUCAGAGGGAAGACGUUGGUAUCUAUAAGGGAGUACUAUGAAAAAGAUGGGAAAGAGCUUCCUUCAAGUAAAGGAAUAAGUCUAUCAACUGAACAGUGGGAAGCUUUCAGGAAUGCUGUUCCCGCUAUUGAAGAAGCCAUUGAAAAGCUACAGUCCAGGUUAAAUUGAGGUGUUUCCAUAAUUCCCACUUGUAAAACCCCAGAAACCCAUAAUCAUGGUAAGUUUGAGCGUUCCUGAACAUCAAACUGUGGAACCCCAAAAUGCCAUAGCCAUAGUAAUAUGUAGGAGUGAACUAUCCAAAACACAUCAGUUAUUAGACCUAUCCUUUUUCUUGUCGGAAGAUGCAGUUGACUUUUGCCCCUUUCAAUUCAAGUUCGCUUUGUAAGAUAGUGUAAUGAACGGAGUUUUGAAGCUCCUGCAUCGAUGUAUCAGUGGAUUAUUGAUCCGCAGCUAACAUUUCGAAAUAUCUCGACCUUUUUAUUU